UUUAAGUUCAACCCUUCUUGUUCAUUUUGUCAAAGACAAAAUAAUGGUCUUUCCUUCUUUUCCAAAUUUUAUCCCACUUGUUCUUUUUUAUUCAUUCUAGUAACAGUGUUUUCUUGGACUAAUCAGAGUUCUAGAUCAUAACGAAAGCUCGGAUUCUGCAAAAAAACAAAAAGACCUGAUAAUCCGAAAACGCUUGUACCCUGAAGAAGAUUUUCUCAAACAUCGAAGCCAAAAUGUAUGACUCUGACCCAAUACAACAGCAAGACCUUUUUUCUUCUGAUACCGACGACUGUGAAGCUUUGUCAUCAGAUGAUGAAGCCUCAUCAUCAACCUCGGAAGUUGAUGAUUUUGUACUUGUUAGUUCACCACCCAAGUUACCUCCCGCUAUGUCUUCCACCAUGUCUUUUAUGAAAAAGGUUUACAAGGAAGAAGUGGGCAAUCUAGCAGAUGAUUUCAAACUUUUGACUGUAGGCAUUCAUGCCAUAAUGUUACAGUCUGGAUUUGUUUGUUUUGAUCCUGAUUCAGGAAACAAGAUCGAUGGGUUUCGACUUCCGAAUAAUUGGGAUAAUAAGUAUUCUUCCACCAGGUAUUUAUGUUACACUGUCCCUGAACUUUUGGAUCUUGGUUUUAUUGCAGUAGAGAGAGUUGUUUUGAGGUUUCAAAACACAGAGGACUGUGUUAAUAUACAUGGUUCUUUAUCUGACAAAGAAUCUGUGGAGCAUCAUCUAAUUCUAAAUCUAAACCGAUUUGUUAUCCCUUUAGAUUUGGCUUUUGUGAACUGUGAUAUGAUCGAGGCAAGGAUUAAAAUCCAUGGUUCUUCUUCUGAUCAAUAUCCUGAAAAUGAAAUUUUUGAGUUUCAUAAACUUGUGAAUGAUGCCCUUGUGUAUCCUCUCUUAAUUGAUCUCCAUGAGAGGGCCGGUUUGGUUCUUCCACCUUGCUUCAUGCGUUUACCUGUCGAAAUUAAAUUCAAGAUUGUGGAGUUACUUGAUGGAGUUGAUAUUGCAAGGUUGGCCUGUGUUUGUUCAGAACUGAGGAAUUUGACUUCUGAUGAUGAUUUGUGGAAACGAAAGUUUAUAAAAGAUUUUAGGAUUUUUCAACCAAUAGUUGUACCACCAUUGAUGGGGUGUUGGAAAAAAUUUUAUGCUUCUACUUGGAAGGUGUCCAUUCAUCGAUCUGGAUUCAGCAGGAAUCUAUUGAGGCGCUCUUAGCCAAGAAUGCCUUCGUUCUUCCUUAAUCCAGAGGAAUUGUGUUAGUAGCUUCAUCCGGAUUCAAGAUUAAUUAGUUUGGUUUGUAAAUUUCUUAAUGUAAUAAAUGUAGGGAUCCAGACCUCCGAUCAUGUUUCGAUAGUAAUUGACAUUCCAGCACUUUAUUUAUGCUA